AUGGUGGGUGGGUCAGCGAAUGCGGUAGGCAGCAGAAGCUCGGGUGACAACAGCAGCAGUGGUGAGGGGGGAUGCGGCAUGUGGAGGGAGACGCUGCACCCUGUGUGCUUCACUGCCAUCCACCUGCUGCCGCAGAUCUGCGGGCAGCCCAAGCUAAGCGACCCAGUGAGCAGCUCCGCAGUGCAGGUCGCGAGCAUCGCCAUGCCCCGCCUCCUCGCCUUCGCCCGCCGCCGCCUGCAGCGCUUCACAGAGGACUGCCUAGUGCGCGGGGCGGGCAGCAUGGCAGCGGCGCGAAGGAGGGAGGUGAGUGUCAUCCUGGCAGGCCUUACAGCCAUCUCACUGCACCCCGCUGUCGCUGCCCCCCUCAACCACCUCCUCCCCGCCAUGCUCCGCUGCACCCCUCCUCCCCGCCGUCACGGCUUCACCGCGCUCUCCCUCCCAGAGCCACCAGCGCCCUCCCUCGCUCACAGCAUUGCGGCCCACACUGCACCUCGCAGCAAGCCCGCCUCUGGUUCCACCUCUUGCACUCCUGCAACAGCCGCAACUCCCACUGCCACUCCUCCUGGCAGCCGCACCCAUGCAGCGGCUUGUGCUGCUGGCACCGGGGACAGGGAAAAGCGCGAGGAAGGGGCUGGGGAGGAGUGCAUUGAAGGAGCAGAUGGUGGCGGGUGCAUGGGAUGGCGCAAGGCCCACCUGUUCGCCAUCUACCCCUUGGCCUGCGACCUCAUUCUCGCCAGGGACCCAGAGCUGGCAGUUGCGCUGCGUGCACUGCUGCAUGCAGUGGGGUCGGAGAUGGGGCUGCACCCUGCUCAGCGAAUCUGA